GUUGGAGAAGGAGAACUCCCAGGCAAAAACUUUAUCCAAGCUAGAGAGGACACUUGGAAGCUCUUUCAGCAAACUGGAUUACACUAAGAACAGUUUUCUGUGGAUUAAAUGUUGCCAUAAUUCAUUGGAUUAACGAUCACUGAAGGAGCUGAAGGAGGGAGUCAUGAGGGUCAUCUGCUCCUCUCUGGUGCUUCUCACCAUCUGCUUGGGUCACGGGGGUCGACUGGCAUCAGUUGAAGGUGUCAGCUGCCCGUCCGUACAGGUAGAAGAAUGGAAGUUUCCUCAAACUGCCAGACACAACAUUACAGGUUUCAAUCUGGCGCGCCGUUUCUCCCUGUUGAAGAACAGCGAGGUCAAGAAGAUCCGAAACCCGAGAGGGCCUGUCAUCCUGCGCCUUGGGAAAGUACAACUCAUCCAACCUACAGAUCAAGUGUUUCCUCAUGGACUGCCAGAGGAGUUCACCCUGGUCUUCACCUUGCUGCUGAAGAAGAAAUCUUUGAAAGAAAACAUUUACCUGUUCCAGAUAUCUGAUGAACAUGGCUAUCCUCAGUUCUCACUGGACUGGAAUGGUCCAGAUGGCAACCUGGCCCUGCGGGCGAGAGGGGCCGACCCUGAAGGGUCCAUGGUGGGGUGUGUGUUCGAAGGUGACGGUGUGGAAUCCCUGAAGGACAUGCGCUGGCAUAAGUUGGCUCUGAGUCUGCAGAGAGAUGCGGCCUCCCUGCACGUGGACUGCAGCUCCAUUGAGAACAAGCCCCUGGAGCUCCGUGGCCAGUUACCCAUCAAUGGACACACGCUGUUGGGUAUGAGGGCUACUGAUGCUGCUCCUGUGGAGAUUGAUGUCCAGCAAGUGAUGGUGUAUUGUGACCCCUCUCUGGCUAUCCAGGAGGCCUGCUGUGAGAUACCUGGAGCUCGGUGCCCACCGGAUGCUCCCAAGAGUCGAAGAGCCGCAGAGAACCAGGUGGAGUUUGUGCCCAAUCCCUUCACUCAGGCAAUUUUCGGAUCCAAGGAACUGGCAGAAAAAUGUGCAGGAUGUGUACUGCUCAGUGAGGAAUCAAGUGUUAUUCAGGAAGGCUAUGCGGGUCAGUCAGGCCUCAAAGGAGAGAAGGGCAACCGGGGUUUGGACUGCACUGGUGCUGGAGUUCCUGGACGAUGCUUAGAAGGUGCUAAAGGGGAGAAAGGAGAGAAGGGGGAGUCGGGUCUGGCUGGCAACUGGGGAGAAGCUAUAGGAGUGAAGGGUGACAAAGGGCAGAAAGGAGAAAUCGGAGCCCCAGGUCUGCCCGGAAGUCCAGGCAAAGACGGUCGAGCUAAUCCUAUUUGUGUGGUGGGCCCUAAAGGACAAAAGGGUUUUCCUGGUGUAGUUGGUCCAGAGGGGCUUGCAGGAGAACCAGGCUGGCCAGGACCUCCAGGACCUCCUGGAGUUGGGAAACCAGGACCACCGGGGCCCCCUGGUGGACCUCCAAGAUUUAAAGGAGAGAAAGGGGAUUCAGGGAUACCUGGUGAAGACGGAAAACCUGGAGAACCUGGUCCGAGAGGUCCUUGGGGACCUAAAGGUGAGAAGGGAGAUCCAUGUGAACCAUGUCCAGUGGUCUCUUCCAACUCUACUGGCAACACUGUGGCCUUUCAGAGCAAGCAGGGACCUAAAGGAGAACCAGGGGCCCCAGGCAAAGGAGAACAGGGUCCAUCUGGCCUUGCAGGACUGGAUGGCAAAGCAGGACAGAAGGGAGAGCCAGGAGUAGACGGGGCCAAAGGCGAAAAGGGUGAACUAUGUUCUGGCUGCCCUAGCAUUGGAGAAAUUCCAGCAGGCAUUUUGAAUCCAGCUCAAAAGGGAGAGAAAGGAGAUCCAGGUGCUGGACAGAAAGGAGAGCAGGGAGAAGCAGGUCCAAGUGGCUUUGCUGGACUAAAAGGGGAAAAGGGUAAUGCAGGCAGCAACGGAAAUGAGGGGAAAACUGGCAAACCUGGUCCAAAAGGGUCAAGUGGAAAUAAAGGAGAUAAGGGUGAUUCUGGACAACCCGGUAUAGCAACACCUGGUCCAAAAGGUGAAAAGGGAGACUCAUGUGGCGUGUGCCAAACCACUACCUCUGAGGUGGGAAGUGGCCUAUCUACGAUAAAGGUCACAGGGGAACGUGGCCCUCCAGGACCUCCAGGUCCACCAGGAGAAGGAGUUGAAGGCAAACAGGGGCCACCAGGUCUGCAAGGUUUCGAAGGAGGGAAAGGUGAUCAGGGUUUACAGGGAGACCCAGGAGUGGAUGGGGCAGCUGGACCCACAGGACCUCAAGGAGAACCAGGCAGGAAUGGCCUUAAUGGACUAAAAGGAGAAAAGGGAGACGCGUGUGACAGCUGUCCAUCACUCCCUGAAGGAAAUGGCAAUGUUGCUGGCUUACCAGGGCCCAAGGGAGAGAGAGGAGAGCCAGGUUUGCCAGGGGAGGGCAGAGCAGGCAAACAGGGUCGGCCAGGCCCACCUGGUGUCCAGGGACCUCCAGGGUUCAAAGGCAGUCAGGGUGAUGCUGGGCUUCCAGGUAUUGGCCUUCCAGGACUACAGGGUGAGCAGGGACCUAGAGGUUUUCCCGGAGCUGCUGGUCCAGAAGGACGUCUGGGACCUGCAGGGCCGAUUGGACCAGCAGGACAAAGGGGUCCAAAGGGAGAAAUGGGACCACCAGGGCCACAGGGGCCAAUGGGAAUGGGACCAAUCGGACCACCGGGUAGGGAUGGAACACAAGGAUUUCCUGGAAUACCAGGGCAGGAUGGGAGUCCUGGAGCCACUGGGCCUAAGGGUGACAAGGGUGAACCAGCAGAGUGCAACUGUUUGAAUUAUAUGUUCCCUGGAACCGGUGGACCUGGGGUCCCAGGUGGUGAGAGCAGGUGGCAGCCUGGUCCUCAGACAGAGAAAGGCAAGAAAAAAUGUAAAUGUCUACUCCGAGCUGGAACACAAACCAGGAGAGGGUCCAGGGCUUUGGCUACUUUCCCUCUGCCCCGCUGGAGAAGGAGGUGUCCAGAUUGUAGCCACAAGCUAAACCAAUUCAACCUCAGUUCCUUCUUACAGGGUCUCCCUGGCAACGAUGGCAUACCAGGGAAACCGGGUCCACCCGGCCAAGCACCUCCUGUUUUGAUGCCUCAGGAUUCAGCUUCCACAGGCAAGGAGGGCUGUGGCGAAUGCUCCAAGGGUCUACCAGGUGUGCCUGGCAUGGUUGGCGCUAAGGGCGAGAAGGGAGAUCAGGGCAAGCCUGGCGUUGAACACUUAGAUGGAUGUGAACGGUGUAUAGAGAAGCUGCAGAGAGAAGAAACACCAAGUGGGCCUACGAGUAACAGUGGUCAGUGCGCUGGUGCACCAGGGAUGCCCGGAUUCCCAGGGACCGCAGGGGUCAAAGGAGAGCCGGGUCCUAGAGGUGAGCGAGGACCUCCUGGUCUUCCUGGAACCCCAGGCAAUAUUGGUUUCCCUGGUCCUCAAGGGCCUCCUGGACUGCCUGGUCAACAAGGUCAGAGAGGGACAGACGGACUUCCAGGACAGAAAGGUGAACAGGGUCCACCAGGAAAUCCUGGCUAUCCUGGAACCAUGGGACCGCCUGGACUCCCUGGCCUUAAAGGAGAGCGUGGCAGUCCAGGAACUGCAGGGCAGAAAGGAGAUUCUGGUCCACCGGGAUCUCCAGGUUAUCAAGGACCAGUCGGCCCAACAGGUCCUAAAGGGGAAGCUGGAACAGCGGGACCUGUGGGACCAAAGGGAGAUCAGGGCUUCCAAGGAUCCCAAGGAUUCCCAGGACAACCGGGUCCUCCUGGUUUCUCGGGAAAAGCAGGUCCUCCGGGCCCUCCAGGACCACAAGCUGAGAAGGGUAGUGCUGGAGUUCAGGGCCCACAGGGACCCACAGGUCCCCCAGGAUCAACCGGGGCCCCAGGCAUGCCUGGACCACCUGGAAUGGAAGGACUUGAUGGCAAAGAUGGAAAACCAGGUUUAAGGGGUGAACCAGGACCGCCUGGCUCUGCUGGACCCAGGGGAAUGCCGGGUUUCAAGGGCAUCAAAGGACACACAGGUCUCCCAGGAAUGAAAGGAGAUAGAGGACCUCAGGGACCUGCUGGAGCAGUGGGAAGGCCUGGUCUAGAGGGUGAUCCCGGUCCUCCUGGACCACAAGGACCACCUGGAGCUCCAGGACAUGUUGGUUCUGCUGGAUCUUCAGGGCCGCCGGGACCAGUUGGGCCACCUGGAGUGAGCAUUAAGGGAGAAAAAGGUGAGGCAGGAGAGAGAGGGCAGCUUGGAUUACCUGGCCCACCAGGGCUCCCAGGACAUCCAGGGCUGAUGGGUGAACCAGGGAGUGAUGGAGCGGUGGGUAAAGACGGAGCCCCAGGCCUGCCAGGAGAACCUGGUCCAUCGGGACCAAAGGGCGAAGCAGGGGCUGCAGGGCAAAGGGGACCCCCGGGAGAGCGCGGACGUCCUGGCCCACCAGGAGGAGGCUUUGGUUUUGGCUCCAAAGGACCAGAAGGGAUCAUAGGACCAGCUGGACCCCGUGGUGAGAGGGGAAAUCCUGGUUCACCUGGACCAGCUGGUGCCUCCGGACCACCAGGAAUCCCAGGGAAUGAAGCUGUUGUAAACUAUGAUGACUUAAGGUCCUUCAUCAGGCAGCAGGUCAUAAAGAUCUUUGACGAGCGUAUGGGCUACUACAUGUCCCGAAUGCAGAUGCCUGUGGAGAUGGUUGCGUCCCCUGGUCGACCAGGACCCCCAGGGAAAGAUGGAAGUCCAGGCAUCACAGGUCCCCCAGGGAUACCGGGCCGCUCUGGGCAGAUUGGCCGCGAAGGAAGGCAGGGACCCAUGGGUCCACCUGGUGCCCCUGGUGUAAAGGGAGAAAAAGGAGAUAAUGGUGUUGGAGAGAUGGGAGACACUGGCCCUCCGGGUGCUCCAGGUGUUCCUGGUCCUCCUGGUUACAGUAAGAUGGGACCACCAGGUCCUUCUGGUCAGCAGGGCAUCCCUGGUAUUCCUGGACCUCCAGGACCAUCUGGACCAAAGGGCAAGGAUGGUCGGUGUCACCCGUCAGACUGUAUGAGUAUGCCUGUGGGGUACAAUCCCAAGGGCCCAGCUUCCAAAGGUCCCAUGUACUAGAAAAUGGUUUAAGAGAAAUAAAAGAUGGAGGAUGGUACCCACUGAUUGACAGUCUCACGGUUACCUGCCUGUACCUGCUAAGGCUUCUGAGAAGAUCCAUGGAGAACCAAAGGAUUAAUGUAAUUUCCUUUCCACAUGAUGCAAUACCAAAACACUGGUUCACCACCAAUGGGGACUUUUCUAAGUUAUUGUCUGCUGAUGAACCGGUGAAGAAAGGCUAAGCAUUAUUUAACACCACAACAAUCAGUGCGACUUCCCAAACUUGAGUGCCUUAACCCCUGAAUACUGUCCCAUAAUGCCAUAAUUUUUGAGUUUGUGUUUUACAAUUAUAGUAAAUUGAAGACUUCUAGAUCCCUGGACAUAUAAGGUGUUGACAGUCAUUAUAGGUACCCAGAUUUAUUCAACGUUCAAGAUUUUUAAUUUCUUUACCAGGCAAAAUAUUUUGGUUUCCGAUUGACAUUUCACACCAGUCUUCAAGGUCCUUUAUUAACUGUUAAAGCAAUAUUCUGAGUUAAAUACAAGUUAAAAUCAUCCAUGCUGUUGAUUAAUGCAGGAAUUAUUUUGACUCAUACCUCAUUUUGUGAAAAUGUUGACAGUUUUGCACUUAUAAUGGAAUUCUAUAGGGCAAGCGUUCAACAUUAUUAUUUUUUUUUUUUAUUUUCUUUUUUGCAAAUUGAGGUAUGAAUCAAAUUUUCUGCUGAAAAUGCCACAGAUGCUGUUGCUAGGGCUUGUAUUGAAUAUGUAAUAUUUCUUUAAUAAUAUCUUUGUGAUGGGGUCAUUUUGGCAGCUGUUAAUUUUGUUAUUUAACUGCUUUAGCAAAGACAAUGUGGCAUAAAUAUCUAUCUGUUUCCAGUGAAUAAUUCCUUCCACAGUGUGAGCUGUUUAAUAUAAAAUAGUUUGAGGUUAUCAUUAGGCAUAGAUACAGUUACCUAAUUAAUUAUGUUUAUUAUUCAAAAUGAACUUCCCCAAGGGCUUGUGUUGUACAUAUUCAUAUUUAUAUGUAAUGGCUUUUUGUACUUUUUUAAAAAAUCAUCAGCAUGGCAGCCCUUUUUAUGGUCGUCUCAGAUAUUUUGGAAUAAUUUUAUAAGCUCUAAAUAAAUGGAUGUUUUGUAAAGGUAAGUUUUACAUGCAAUUUUGGGUUAGAAUGCAAUUUUGUGAUGUAUCAUGGGACGGAAAAUAAUUUUAUUUUUAUAAGAAUAUUUCUGUGACACCUAUUUCUCGAGCUCUGUGAUGACAUCUCCUCCACUACCACUCUGGACUCUUAAACUUGAAUUUACUUUGAUAUACUGUACCACUUGCAGCUGAACCAUCAUGUGCUUCUAGAACACUCUAAUCUUAAAUAUGCUU